CAAAUUCCAACUCCAUUUUCUUCUCACAUUUUUCUUCGGUUCAGAUUUUGCGGUCCCCCAUCUCUCAACCCCCCACCAAAACGGUCGAAUUUCUCACCGCCGCUUUCGUCUCCUCCGUCUGGUCAAUCCCAAUGCCCGAUCUCCACCGCCGAUUCUGACCCCCUCUCCGCCACUUGGGUUCGCUUCUGGGAUGGCUUUCGCGAAGUGGGUCGCGACGGGAUUCGCGUAGAGAAUGAUAAAAUCACAUUGCAUGGAACUUGGGGUUUUGAACUCAGCCGGUUCAUUGCCUCCGUCCGCCGCCAUCGAAUGCCGAUUCCGCUUCCAAUCGGCAUUCGAUUCCUUCUGCAUCGCCUCCGAAGCCUUUUAUGAGCUGCUGUUGCGUCGUCGUUUUUUGGCCCGAUCAACGGCGAUUUCUCUCUUCAGCUGAACGAGAGAAAAAUACGUUUUUCUAAUUAAAAAAUUUGACCCACUAAAUUAUAUAUUAAGAGGAAAAAAAAUAACAUAUAUAUAUAUAUAUAAUAAAAUAAAAUAAAAAAGUCCUUAUCUUUCUGGUAGUUGUUUGGUUCUUGGAAGGAAAUGAAUUCAGGGGUCCGAUUGGUAUCGCCAGCAAGUAAUGGGAAGUUGCCGGUGGCGAAGCUCCCUGAUGAAGAGGCCGAUUUUAUAGAGAAGGACCCAAGCAAUCGCUACGUUCGGUACAAUGAAAUCUUGGGCAAGGGUGCCUUCAAGACUGUCUACAAGGCAUUUGAUGAAGUUGAUGGAAUAGAAGUGGCAUGGAACCAAGUGAAGAUUGAUGCUGUCUUGCGAUCGCCAGAAGAUUUGGAGAAAUUGUAUUCUGAAGUUCAUCUGCUGAAAUCGGUGAAACAUGACAAUAUUAUUAAGUUCUAUAAUUCAUGGGUGGAUGAUCAGAAAAAUACGAUUAACAUGAUUACGGAGCUCUUCACAUCUGGAAGCCUAAGGCGAUAUCGUAAGAAGCAUAAGAAUGUUGAUAUGAAGGCCAUAAGGAACUGGGCAAGGCAGAUUCUCGGAGGUUUAGUCUUUCUCCACAGUCAUAACCCCCCUAUCAUUCAUAGAGACUUAAAAUGUGAUAAUAUUUUCAUUAAUGGAAAUCUUGGAGAAGUUAAAAUCGGAGACCUUGGAUUGGCAACUGUUAUGCAGCAGCCUACUGCUCGCAGUGUGAUUGGGACUCCCGAGUUUAUGGCUCCAGAGCUCUAUGAAGAGGAAUAUAAUGAACUCGUUGAUGUAUACUCCUUCGGAAUGUGCAUGUUAGAGAUGGUUACCUUUGAGUAUCCAUAUUGUGAAUGCAAAAGUCCUGCUCAAAUAUUUAAGAAGGUUACCUCUGGCGUUAAACCUGCUGCCCUUGGUAAGGUGAAUGACCCCCAAAUCAAAAGGUUUAUUGAGAAAUGUCUGGUUCCUGCAUCUGAGAGGCUUUCGGCGAAAGAGCUGCUCAAAGAUGCAUUCCUUCAAGUUGACAAUCCAAAGGAACCAAUCUGCGAUCCCUUACAGUUACCUAACCAGAGUCUGAAAGCGACAAGUUUACCAAAGUCCGGGCCUUUUUCCAUGGACAUAGAUACUGACUACAAGCAGCUAUCUAUAAGCACAUUUGCAGGAUGCAACAAUGGGAGUCCACAGGUUCUGGAAUUUCAAAGGACACAUAAGAACAACGAGUUCAGGUUAAGUGGGAUAAAAAAUGAUGACGAUUCAGUAUCAUUAACCUUGCGUAUAGCUGAUGCAAGUGGUAAGGCGAGGAAUAUACAUUUUCUCUUUUACAUUGCUAGUGAUACAGCAGUGUCUGUGGCGAGCGAGAUGGUUGAACAACUGGAAUUAACAAAUCACGAUGUGGCCUUCAUUGCUGAGUUUAUUGACUACUUGAUAAUGAAAUUUCUACCCGGUUGGAAGCCCUCAUCUGAUUAUUCCUCAAGUGGACCAACGAGUCUUUGUGGCGGAUCCCCAGUCUAUAGAAAUGGGAAACCCUCAUUGUCAAGCCUGUGGGGUCCAGUGCUAUCCGGUGCCCCUGCUGGCUCAAUGGUUGAGCAAGAUGGUAGCUCCUGUGAUAACCCUGAUACAAUCAAUUUUAACGGUGGCAUUACCUCUUAUCCAAGCUUUGCUGAUUUUGCCGUUGAACAUUCAAAAGUAUCGGUUCACUCUGAGGUAAUGGUUGAUGAUGGUUCCACCAAAAACGACCAAGCAGUUGAAUCUGUCAAUUGCAAUACUUCUGAACUCAAGCUGAGGUACUCAUAUUUAGUUGACAGCAAGCUACAGAGCGAUUGCUCUAGCAAUGGAGGAGGCUUCCCAGUGAAUGGAAUCAUAAAGAACUUGGAAUUUCCAUUGCAUGAGCAUGAUUUAUCGAAAGAUAUGAGCUUGACAAGCAGCUGUUCUUCACUAUCUUUGGCAGAUAACGAUCUGGAUGCCGAUUUAAAGUUGGAACUCGAAACGAUUGAGUUGCAGUACCAGCAGUGGUUCCAGGAACUUUCAAGGAUGAGGGAGAAAGCAUUGGAAACGACCAGAAAGAGAUGGAUGGACAAAAAGAAAGUGGCUGUUCACUAAUACUGAACCUUCUCGGAACUAAAUUUUGUGCUGAUAUCCUGUUACUUUUGUUUGUUGAGUAUGAAUGGUAUACCGGAUUUGUUAA